CCCCCACCCCCGGUUGGAACACGGCUGUGCGGCUCUGAGUCCCGUGCAGCGCUGGCUGCAGGCCCAGCCAGGGUCCUGCCGUGAGGAGCUCGGGCCCCAGGACCUCCCCUGGGUGGCUCUGCUGGAGGGGGGCCGGGGCGGGGACCGCGGCGGAGGAGGGCGCAGCGGCCGAGCGCCUUUCCGCACCCUUGGCCGGCGGGCCCUGGCCGUCCGGGGAGCCUGACCCGCGUGUCCCCGCGCCCUCUCUCCCCCGCAGAUGUGCCCCGCUCGGGCGCUCCCGUGCUGAGUGUGAGGCGAGCCCUCUAGCGCCUGCCCGCCAUGUCUCAGCUGCUGCACAUCGAGAUCCCCAACUUCGGGAGCACGGUGCUCGGCUGCCUCAACGAGCAGCGCCUGCUGGGCCUCUACUGCGAUGUGUCCAUCGUGGUCAAGGGCCAGGCUUUCAAGGCCCACCGGGCCGUCCUGGCCGCCAGCAGCCUGUACUUCCGCGACCUGUUCAGCGGCAACAGUAAGAGCGCCUUCGAGCUGCCGGGCACUGUGCCUCCCGCCUGCUUCCAGCAGAUUCUGUCCUUCUGCUACACGGGCAGGCUGACCAUGGCGGCCAGCGAGCAGCUCGUGGUCAUGUACACGGCCGGCUUCCUGCAGAUCCAACACAUCGUGGAGCGCGGCACGGACCUCAUGUUCAAGGUGAGCUCGCCCCACUGCGACUCGCAGACCGCCAUGAUCGAGGACGCCAGCUCCGAGCCCCAGAGCCCCUGCAACCAGCUGCAGCCGGCCGCCCCCGCGGCCCCCCCCUACGUCGUGUCCCCCUCCGUGCCCAUCCCGCUGCUGACCCGCGUGAAGCACGAAGCCACAGAGCUGCCGCCGGCUGCCGGCCCGGGCCUGGCCCCCAAGCGCCCGCUGGAGGCGGGGCCCCGGGAUGGCGCCGCGGUGGCGGCGGGCGCGGCCCCCCUCAAGCUGCCCCGGGUCUCCUACUACGGGGUGCCCAGCCUGGCCACCCUCAUCCCCAGCAUCCAGCAGGUGCCCUACUCCCAGGGGGAGCGGACCAGUCCGGGGGCCAGCAGCCUGCCCACCACCGACAGCCCCACCUCCUACCACAACGAGGAGGACGAGGAAGACGACGAGGCCUAUGACACGAUGGCGGAGGAGCAGUACGGCCAGAUGUACAUCAAGGCCACCGGCAGCUACGCAGUGCAAGAGAAACCAGAACCCAUGCCACUGGAGAGCCGCUCCUGUGUCCUCAUCCGCCGCGACCUGGUGGCGCUGCCCGCCAGCCUCAUCAGCCAGAUCGGGUACCGCUGUCACCCCAAGCUCUACUCAGAAGGGGACCCUGGCGAGAAGCUAGAGCUGGUGGCAGGCUCUGGCGUCUACAUCACACGAGGUCAGCUGAUGAACUGCCACCUCUGCGCAGGGGUGAAGCACAAGGUCUUGCUGAGACGGCUCCUCGCCACCUUCUUUGACAGGAACACACUGGCCAACAGCUGCGGCACCGGCAUCCGAUCGUCCACUAGUGACCCAAGCCGCAAGCCUCUGGACAGCCGGGUCCUGAACGCUGUGAAGCUGUACUGCCAGAACUUCGCCCCCAGCUUCAAGGAGAGUGAGAUGAACGUGAUCGCGGCGGACAUGUGUACCAACGCCCGCCGCGUGCGCAAGCGCUGGCUGCCCAAGAUCAAGUCCAUGCUGCCCGAGGGCGUGGAGAUGUACCGCACGGUCAUGGGCUCCUCCGCCGCCGGCCCGCCCCUCGACCCCGACUUCCCGCCCGCCGCGGCGCAGGUGUUCGAGCAGCGCAUCUACGCGGAGCGGCGGGCCGACGCCGCCACCAUCGUGGCUCUGAGGACUGACGCCAUGAAUGUCGACCUGGGCGCCGCCAACAACCCCGCGUUCGAGGCCGGCGAGGAGGCGGACGGGGCGGGCUCCGUCAUCCAGGAGGUGGCCGCGCCCGAGCCGCCGCCCGCGGCCGCCCAGAGCCCCCCGCAGCCCUUCGAGCAGGGCGGCACCAGCUCCAGCCGGCCGCAGACGCCCGCGGCGGCCCGGAGACAGGAGGCGUCCUACGCAGGGACCUUGUAGAGGAGCCGCCGGCCCGCGGGACGGUUUUCCAGCUGCUUGCAUGCGUUACUAAUACAACAAAUGUGAUCAAGCCACUUACCUAUGGAACUGCUACUGUUGCCUGAAAAAAAUGUGAUUUUUAUCCUGCUUGUAUUUAAAGUUGAUGAAGGAAACACACGCAUUCGAUAUACUGUAAGGAUGAGUCCGCCGGUGACCUCGCGAGGAAGGUCCCAGGGCCCCUUUUGAUAUCUGCGAGGUUAGCCUCCAGGCUGUGGCCCCGCCCCCCGCCCCACCCCCACCCCUCGCGGGGGCGGGGACGGGGACGAGAGCCUGGGGGAGGGGAGAGGGGGGGUCUGCCUGCCCUGCCUCCCCGCCCUGCCCGCCCCCUCUGCCCAGGGGGCCUGGGGUGUGGGGCCCGCGCCCCCUGACACUGCUCACCCCCCUGGGGCCAGGGGCCAGGGCUGGGCCCCCGGGGGCCAAACUCCUCUGGUUUUCCUUCUUCCUGAGACUCGGGGGUCAGGCCUUCCGGGUCCACUGUGUGCGUGGGGUGUGGGAGCGCGUGAGGGCGUGUGUGCGUGUGCGUGUGUGUUUGAGCGUGUGCGGGGGCAGCGGGAUGGGCCGCCCACAGGAGGAGGCAGGGUUCCGGCAUCUCUGUCCUCCCACCCUGUGCCCGUGGGCUCCCCUGGUCCCCCAGCUCCUUGGUCCUUGGUGCACCGGGGCCCCACAGGCUGGGCCAGCUGCCAUGAGCGCCCGCGGCUCCCGCCCGGCCACCUGCCAUCCUGUGGGGCUCGGCCACGGCCCUGGUGCCGCCCCACAGCCCUCAGCCACGUUGGGAUUACGUUUGUCUGUUUAUUUGUUUUUGUCUUAAUUCAGAUCUAUUUCAUGUAUGGUUUGAAAAUUUUCAGACCCAAAAGAGCAAAAAAUUAGGGAGGAUUUGGUGUCCCUGCCUCCAACCCACUGUGGCCGGGGGCUGGGUCAUCUGUAUCCGGGCCCCGCCCGGCCCUGGGUCCCACCUCCCUCCUGUGCAGAGCAGGGCCGUUGCAGGGAGAAGCAGCCGGGGCAAGUGACACAGGAGGGUGCUGCGGGCCCUGCCUGGGAGGAGGCAGAGGCCAGGCCGGGCUGGAGCGGGUCCCCGUUUUGUGCUGCAAACCCUGGGGUGUGCGCCUCUGCGGCUGUGAGUGUG